AAAACACUCGGCCUGUUUGACCCAGCUCCAACUAGCGUUGCAAGUACAGCACACUUGGGUUUUUUUCAUCUAAAAGAAAAGUGCUCUUAGCUUGUGCUGCACACGAGCCGCACGCUUGUAGUUGCAGAGGGCAAGGGUCUCGGUGAUCUGCUUGUAUUGUUCGCGCCUGUGUGUUUGAUGGCAUGCGCCAAGUGUUGACAUGUACAACCCGGAUCAGCAGCCGCAGCAGAAGGCCCAGCUCAUGGCGCCGCCGCGGAUGUCCUUCUCCUGCGACUUCGCCCUGGACCCGCCGCCGCCGCGGGCCUCGACGUCGGGGCCUCCGCGGGCGUCCACGGCGGGGGACGCGGACUUCGAGUUCUCCGCGGGCGGCGGCGCCAUGAUGGCGGCGGACCAGCUCUUCGCCAAGGGCCGCAUCCUGCCGCUGCGGGACGCCCCGCCCACGACCCUCCGUGAGGAGCUGCGCGCGCACGCCGGCGGCAGUGACCGACGGCGCCGCGCGGACCGGCCCGCGUCCUCGGGCGGGUCCCGGUGGAAGGAGCUGCUCGGGCUGAGGAAGAAGAAGAGCGCCGCGGAAGCCGUGCCCAAGGACAGUCACGUGGAUCUUGGAGACCAUGGAAAAUGACGUAUUUGAUCCCCCAGCUUAUAUUGUGUCUAAUCGCUGCUCUCAUCUCUGGUCGAAGAGUAGGAGGAAAUUGGAAGCCAUUUUUCAUUUACCGCUUUAUCGGUUCCUUUCUGGAACAGAAGAGACAUUUUUAGUGUUCAUGCGUCUUUUUUUUUGACGGUUUAGCCAGCCAGCUAGCUAUGUCAUGUAACUUAUUACCCCUCUUUCAUUCCAGAGGUCAAAUUGACUAUUUUUUUCCGCCGAGUAUGUAAUCGGCAGGACACAUUGUUGAGCCCUUUGUGUUUGUGUGCUUGUGUACUUUCUGAACUUGUACAAAGAUGACGUCUCUGGCUUAAAAAUUCAGUUCAGGGUAA